AUGACGUCUAAUGAGACGAAGCGGCCAGCCUCUGGGGCGUCGCAGCCUGUGUCUUCUGUGCGCGAACGCGACGAUGCGCAGCUACAGCGAAUGGGGAAGAAGCCCGUACUGAAGCGAAAUUUCGGAAUCCUCUCCAUCAUCGGCUUCAGUUGCACCAUUCUCGGUACCUGGGAAGGCCUGCUUGGGACCUUCACGAGCCCUCUUACAAAUGGCGGCUCUGGCGGUGCCAUCUACGCCUACAUCUUCGGCUGGAUAGGCACGUUUGCUAAUUUCGUAGUCUUGGCCGAACUGGCAUCAAUGGCUCCUACGGCAGGAGGUCAGUACCAUUGGGCAGCUAUGCUGGCCCCAGCCAAAUACAUGAAGUUCAUUAGUUUUGUCACAGGCUGGUUUGCGGUCCUCGGAUGGCAAACCGCCUUUGCCGCAAGCGCCUUCUUGACAGGAAGCAUGAUCCAAGGUGCAGCAAUCCUAGGAAACGAUGCGUAUAAUGCCCUACCCUGGCAAGCGACAUUGAUAUGCUGGUGUUCACUCACUUUAGCACUGGCUAUCAACCUGGUUGGCGGCAAGCUUCUCCCACGAGCUGAGACGUUUCUCUUGGUUGUGCACAUCGCGGGCUUCUUCGCCAUCCUGAUUCCCCUCGUCGUAAUGGCAAAACAUAAUACAAAGGAGCAAGUGUUUCUGUCUUUUCAGAACGGAGGAGGCUUCAAGACGCAGGGGCUAUCUUGGUUUGUUGGCAUGACUACUUGUGCUUUUGCCUUUGGCGGAGCUGAUGGCGCCGUUCAUAUGGCAGAAGAGAUUGAAAAUGCAUCUAGGGUCCUUCCACAGGCCCUCAUGAUUAGUGUUGGGCUGAAUGGCUGCCUUGGAUUCGGCAUCUUGACUGCCAUGUUGUUUUGCGCCAGCCCGGAUCUGGGCGGGAAGUUAGGCAAAGUCACUGGCUAUCCCUACAUGGGCAUCUUUUUGGAAGCAACCAACUCCGUAUCAGGCUCACUUGCCAUGUCUGCUAUCGUCAUCGUCAUUUAUGUCCUCGCCAUGAUGGGUCUACUGGCCGCCUCCUCUCGCCAGCUAUGGUCCUUCUCUCGAGAUAGGGGUGUUCCCGGAUGGAGAUGGUUGAGUCGGGUUUCCACAUCCCGGCAUUUGCCAGUCCACGCCAUCUUAGUCUCAGUGACUAUCUCCUGGCUAUUGGCCAUCAUCAGGAUCGGCUCCGACGUCGCCAUGGAGGAUAUCGUGUCUAUGGCAAUAUCAGGCAUCUACUUAUCCUACCUCGUAGUCACGAUACUACUUUUCAUCCGCCGGGUCCGUGGCGACAUCUCCCUUUCUAACGACAGGGACGACGAGAUUAUCAACGUUCCAGGUGCGAAGCUCGUCUGGGGUCCCUUCCGCUGCCCUGGAAUAUUAGGUAUCAUAAUCAACGGUUACGCAAUCAUCUAUAUAACCAUCAUCGUCUUCUUUAGCUUCUGGCCAUCCAAGAUGGAUCCGAAGAUUGCAGAAAUGAACUGGAGUAUCUUGGCUAUCGGCGGUGCCAUGUUUUUGGCUAUUCUAUACUACGUAUUCCGUGCUCGCCACAUCUACGCAGGUCCCGUCGUGGAAAUCUCGUUAUAA